GUCAGAUAGAGCGCCACGUAGGGAGUAUUGAUGUAUCAAAACUCCAACUCCGCAAGCAAGCGUCGAUCUAUCUAGUAGAUCCUCUAGUCUGCCCCACGUCUAUCCGUCGAUAUGCCGCGGCAAAUCAUCUAAAACGCAAAUCAAAUGGGCCAGUCCGCCAUCCACGAACCAAAUGAGACAGAUAGAAGCGUUUACCGGACCCCGCUUCAUAUCGGUGUAAUCCCACUUGUGGUUCAUGUGCUUGAUAUUAUAUAUAUAAUAUAACUCGCAACUCGUGCGGACUCGACCUAACUACUUGUCUAUCAAAUCUCUUAUCUUUCGGCCUUGAAUAUCGGCGGAGGGAUUUGCCGGUAACGUCGAGGCUGGGAAUCUUAUACAGUUGGCUUUUCAGACAAGUGACAUUAAGUCUACUCUGCAUUUCUGGCAAUCUUUCCUAUACUUCCUGCGACUUUUGAACCGCUUAUUAUCCACCCCUUCUUACAGCUAUGGCUCCUCCAUCUGCUACUGAAUCAUACACCACCAAUGGUCCUGUUCCUGUGGUGAUGAAAGGUGCGACCUCCUCGCAGGAAGAGGCUGCAGGAAAAGCCAAGGUUAAGAUGGUCUUCCCAUCGCCUCCGGUAUUCGAAGACAAAUAUGAAGAGCGCGAGUAUCUCAAAGGUCGACUGGCUGCUGCUUUCCGCAUUUUUGGCAAAUACGGCUUCGACGAAGGCGUGGCAGGCCACAUUACGCUCCGUGAUCCUGUUGAUCCUACCACGUUCUGGGUCAACCCGUUUGGUGUCGCCUUCUCCCAGAUCAAGAGAUCCGAUCUCAUCCAGGUAGACCACGACGGCAAGAUCAUCGAUGGCGGUCCGUGCAGGUUGCUGAAUGCCGCUGCAUACAUGAUCCAUUCUGCGAUUCACGCUGCGCGGCCGGAGGUCAAUUGUGCUGCGCACAGUCACAGCAUCUACGGACGUGCCUUCUGUUCCCUAGGAAGGCCGCUGGACAUCAUCACGCAGGAUUCCUGUGCUUUCUAUAAUGACCAUGUUGUAUACGAGCAAUUCAGAGGUAUCGUUCUUGCGGAAGAGGAAGGAAAGGAAAUUGCGAAGGCUCUUGGAGACAAGAAGGCCGCACUCCUUCAGAAUCACGGCCUUCUGACUGUUGGUCACACCAUCGAGGAGACCAUUUUCUGGUUCGUUAGUCUGGAGAAGUGUUGCCACGCACAGCUCAUGGCCGAUGCUGCCGCAGCUGGUCGUGGAGGACAGACAGUCAAGAUCAACGAGGAAGAUGCCGCGUUCACGUACAAGGCCGUAGGAACGCCUCGAGCCGGUUGGUUCAGCGCGAAGCCGUUAUUCGACGUUAUCCAUGAGGAGACGAACGGAGCAUACCUGCAGUAAACAGGCCAGUCUUCCAUGUAUGAGCAGUGUCAUAUAUGAGAUACCAAGAAGUAUGGGGGAUGGAGAAUAACACUAGCUAGAUUGUCUGUGAGAUGAAUUAGUUACUUGGUAUUAGCACGACGAUACAAAAAAGACCCUAUCGAUUCCCUCUCGCGUGAGGCUCAAGGCAUCGCUUGAAAAAGAUAAUUCGGAGCCAUCAGAGUCGAGACCAUACUGUAUUCUCAUUUAGCUCGAGUAAAAUAGAAAUUAUUGCAUAGAAACGCGGUGAUGAACUCGUUAAUGAAAAGAGGCGAUAAGCUGGCGCGAUUGAGUUAGCUCAACUUCGGAGU